CUCUACUCUCGAGUAUUGGCUGUAUAUUUGUCUCAAAAAAAACACAAACCCAAUAUCAUCACACUCUAUUGUUCAACGACUCCCUGGACUUUCACUGAAACCACCUACACGAUGCCAUACGAACAUGGCCGUCAUUAUGACCUGGUUGUGUUUGGUGCUACAGGCUAUACUGGGAAGCUCACAGCUGAACAUAUUGCCAACCAUCUACCCACAGAUCUCAGGUGGGCGAUUGCUGGACGCUCAAGGGAUAAGCUUGAGAAGUUCAGCGACGAGCUAAGGAAGUUGAACCCUGAUCGUCUACAGCCUGAUAUCGAGGUAGUUGCGCUGACAGAAGAGGAUCUGAAUACCUUGGCGAAGAAGACUUUUAUCCUCAUCACUACAGUGGGACCUUACGGCCUUUAUGGCGAGUAUGCUUUCAAGGCAUGUGCGGAAAAUGGCACUCAUUACUUGGACUCCACUGGUGAAGUCACAUUUACCGCCAGUAUGAUCAAGAAGUACGAUGCCGUUGCAAAGGAGUCUGGUAGCAUGUUGUUCCCUCAACUCGGUCUUGAAUCGUCGCCAGCCGACCUGAUCACCUGGUCACUUGCGAAGUACAAUCGGAUGGAGUUCAGGGCGAAAACGCGGGAUGUGGUGGUUUCAGUUCACCGGCUUGAUUCUGUACCAUCUGGUGGCACCGUCAGCAGUCUCUUGUCGAUAUUCGACGUAUGUUCUCUCGAGGAAGUGCAUACAGCGAUGAAACCGUACGCACUGUCACCCGUGCCCAAUCCUAACCAGGCCACCGCUCCCAUCUUUCCAGGAACCAAGACCAUCCCUCAUCUAGGCCGAGUCACGACAUUCUUAAGUGGUGCCAUGGAUCGCGCUAUCGUAUAUCGUACUUGGGGACUGCUCAGUCAAAUUCAUAGCAAGCAAGAAGAAAGCUAUGGUCCCGAUUUUAGUUUCGAGGAAUACACGAAAACAGGCAAUUGGUUCUCGGGUAGGAUGGUACAUUACGGAACCGCGAUGACAGCUCUUUUGCUAGCAAAGUCAUCAUCCAUGAGAAAGCUGGUCAAGAGAUUGGUGUACAAACCUGGAGAGGGCCCGAGCAUGGAACAAGCCAAGGACGACAUAAUUGAAUAUCGAGCUCUUGCGACUCCAGAUAGGCCAACAGAAGAAGUGCAAGCUUAUUGCCAGGCUACAUACCACGGGAGCAUGUAUUCGUUGACUGGUGCGUUUUUGGCGCAGGCUGCGGCUACGGUACAUGAUGGUAGCCUGAAUCUUGGUGGUGGGAUCUACACGCCAGCCUGUCUUGGCAAAGGAUUUGUUGACAGGCUGGAUAAUGUUGGGUUUAAGAUUGAGACUAGGUCGGUUUCCAUAUGACACAUGUCUAUCAAUUAUUUUUUUGAAGAUUGGAGUACCGGCAGCGGUCAGUGCGGAGAGGAUGGAAGCUUCAGUCACUUUGAAAGAAUUCAUCAGUGAACUUCGAAUAAUACAGCGAAAGCCGAAAUAAC